AUGGGUUAAGUAUUAAGAGAACUAAACCUAGUGGCGCAAAGCCCAAAUAUUACAUUUCAAGAAUCCAUUGGGAUGAUUGCCUGAGAAAGCCCUACCAUGCAAUGAAUGAGACACAAGUUUUGAUCAAUAAAGAGCUGCUGCAUAGUUCACCUCCUGAACCCAGUAUGGACAUCAAUGAUGCAUCUCAUUUUAUCUUUCUUCUCCACAGCCCUGCUUUGAAACUGAGCUCUUGGAGAUUCUCUUUACCAGAAAUGAACUGGCUAACACUCUUAAGAACUUAAGGAGCUGGAUGAAGGAUGAAUGUGUGGACAAGAACCUAUUCACACAGCUGGAUCAUGCCUUCAUUCGCAAGGAGCCAUUUGGGGUGGUGCUGAUCAUUGGAGCCUUUAACUACCCUAUCCAACUUACUUUGAUACCCCUGGUGGGGGCCAUUGCAGCUGGGAACUGCGUGAUUCUCAAACCUUCAGAGGUGAGCAGCCACACUGAGAGGCUCCUUGCAGAAGCACUGCCUUGUUAUCUCGAUUCGGAAACCUUUGCUGUGGUGACAGCUGGUCCUGAAGAAACGGGAAAAUUACUGGAAAAUAAGUUUGAUUAUAUCUUCUUUACAGGGAAUAACCGUGUAGGAAAGAUCAUCAUGACUGCUGCAGCGAAACAUCUGACACCAUUGACUAUGGAGCUGGGGGGUAAAAGUCCCUGUUAUGUGGAUCACUACUGCAAUUUCCAGAAUGCAGCCAACCGAAUUGUAUGGGGAAAAUUCAUUAAUGCUGGACAGACAUGCAUUUCACCAGAUUAUGUGAUCUGUACAGUUGAAACACAGGAGAAGUUGAUGCCUUGCCUGCGCCACGCUAUCCGCGAAUUCUAUGGCACUGAUCCCAAGGAGUCACCCGAUUUUGGCCGCAUGGUCAAUGACAAGCAUUUCCAGCGCGUCCGAGCUUUGCUGAAAUGUGGCCGGGUGGCCAUUGGUGGAGAGACUGAUGAGCGUGACCGUUAUAUUGCUCCCACAGUGAUGGUGGAUGUGAAGGAAUGGGAGCCAAUCAUGCAAGAGGAGGUUUUUGGGCCCAUCCUGCCCAUUUUCACUGUGAAAGAUUUGGAGGAGGCCAUCCAAUUCAUCAAUUGCAGAGAACGCCCACUAGCUGCCUAUGCCUUCUCCUGUGACGACAAGGUUGUGAACUGUGUACUGGAUAGCAUUAGCAGUGGUGGCUUUUGCGGCAAUGAUACCGUGACACGCGCAACACUGAUUUCCCUACCAUUUGGUGGCAUUGGACUCAGUGGAUUUGGCAAGUACCAUGGCAAGUUUACUUUCGACACAUUUACUCACUUUCGCGGCUGUCUUUUGCGCUGCAUGGGCCUGGAGGCCAUCAACAAAGUGCGCUACCCACCAUUCGACGAUAAAAAAUUGGGAAUAGUGGUCUCUGCUUUGGAGAUCAAGCGCAGGGGCAUGUGCACUUUGCUGUGAGGCCUUGAAUCACAUCACCUGUGUCCUUGAGGAACCUCUACCAGGAAUACUGCUGUUGUUGAGAGACUUUUUUUCCUUCAUCAGCUGGUCCUGGAAUUUUGCCUCAUCAUCUACAAAGAUCCUUGAAAAACACUCUCUGUUCUGACAAACCUCUUUUUCACCAUCUUUGCUCCUUAUAUCUUUUCUUUUUUCUCUACCAGCUUAUUAAUUUGCAACAUUUAGUAGUGGUUAGAAAACUUGGGUGAUACCCUCCAAUUCUCUUUGCACAGUUGUUGGGUAUAGAACAUAUCCUCCAUUCCAGUAAGGACUAAUUAUACAAUUAAGUAAAGAUUAUGUGUAAAAUGUCAUCUUCAUUUUAACACAUAAAGCUCAUUCUGCUUUAAAAUUUACAC